AUGGAAGAGAGUACAAAUGACUUGCUAAAGAAGUUGUUGCUUGACAAUCAACAGCUCAGGACCGAUUUCAAAAAUCUUGAGAGGCAAAUGGGGCAGUUAGCAACAAAUCAAAAUACUAGACCUGCAGGCGCUCUCCCCAGUGAUACAGAGAAGAAUCCUCAAGUUAAUGCAGUUACACUCAGAAACGGGAGGGGACUAGAGAAAGUGCCAAAGAAGAGAAAAGACAAGCCUAUACCUGAGGGGGAGUUGAUUCCUAAGGCAACACACGAAUCAAAGAAAAAUGAUGCAACUUCAGAGCCAGUGGAUGCUACAAGGCCACCACCACCUUUCCCCCAGAGAUUGCAGAAAAAGAAUGACGAUCACAUGUUCAGCAAAUUUCUCUCUAUGUUGAGCCAGGUUCAAUUGAAUAUUCUACUGGUGGAUGUACUUCAUGAAAUUCCAAAGGUCCAAAACAAGCUCCCUCAAAAGCUUAAGGAUCCUGGCAGCUUCACCAUUCCUGUGCGAAUUGGUAAUAUUGAUGUGCUGGCUGAUAGGUCCAUAGCAUACCCUGAAGGAGUGAUUGAAGAUGUGUUGCUGCAAAUUGGGAAAUUCAUAUUCCCUGCGGACUUCAUUAUACUAGAUUUUGAGGCUGAUGAAUUGCAAUCCAACUUCCCCCGCUAUUAUGAGGAGCUCUCGAUGAUAUCUGUUGUGGAGGUGGAUGAGCAACUUCUUGACACGAGUGUAUAUCUAGACGAUUCUUUAGAGAAAGCACUUAUGUUGUUUGAUAGCUUGGAGAUUGAUGAGGAGGUUGAGGAGAUGAUGCAUAUCCUAGAUGCAUCAUGUGCUUACAUGCAGGGGAUACAUCCCUUUGAGCCCCUGAAUAGGCCAAGUGGGCCUCCUCCAAAGCCGUCAAUUGAGGAAGCUCCAAAAUUGGAGCUCAAACCCUUGCCCCCUCACCUUCAAUAUGCUUAUUUGGGCAGUUCUGACACUUCACCUGUUAUUGUUUCUUCUGACUUGUCUAAAUUGCAGGAAGAAAAGCUGUUGAGAGUGCUACAUGACCACAAGCGAGCAAUUGGGUGGACGAUGUCUGACAUUAGAGGCAUUAGUCCAGCUUUCUGCAUGCAUAAAAUCCUCAUGGAGGAUGGACACAAGCCAAGUAUAGAGCAACAACGCCGACUAAAUCCAAUCUUGAAAGAGGUGGUGCAUGAUGGCUAUUUUAUUGACAUGGUUGAAAGAUUCGUGGAAGUGUUCAUGGAUGAUUUUUCUGUGCUUCUUAAGAAAGAUGUCUCCUUCAAGUUUGAUGAUGCCUGUCUGAAAGCAUUUGAGGAGCUGAAGGGAAGAUUAGUAACUGCACCAAUUGUCAUUGCUCCGGAUUGGGAGCAGCCAUUUGAGUUGAUGAGCGAUGCGAGUGACAUAGCAAUCAGAGCUGUUUUGGGGCAAAGGAGAAAUAAAAUCUUUCACUCCAUUUACUAUGCGAGCAAAACUCUGAAUCCAGCCCAGAUGAACUACACGGUUACUGAAAAAGAGUUGCUUGCAGUGGUGUGGGCGUUUGACAAAUUAGAAAAUCGGAGCCAUGUAGCUGAAGGAGGGUCAAUCAAAGAGACAUUUCCUGAUGAGCAAUUAUUAGCAAUCACCUCAAGUGAAGCCCCAUGGUAUGCAGAUUAUGUGAAUUUUAUUGCAAGUGGGCUGACACCACCAGAUUUGACACCUGAUAAUAGAAGCAGAUUUCUACAUAAUGUGAUGUUCUACUUAUGGGAUGAGCCAUUCUUAUAUAAGCAGUAUCAGUUGGUACGAAGAUGCCAAAGAAUCGGAACAAUCAUGAAGAAGCACGAGAUGCCUCUGCAAAAUAUUCUGGUAGUAGAGGUUUUCGAUAUUUGGGGGAUUGAUUUCAUGGGACCGUUCCCAUACUCUAAUGGUCACAGGUACAUCUUGGUGGCGGUCGACUAUGUUUCUAAGUGGGUGGAGGCCAUUGCUCUUCCUACUAAUAAUGCAAAGGUUGUGGUAAGCUUUGUGAAGAAGCACAUCUUCUCACGCUUUGGGACUCCAAGAGUGUUGAUAAGCCACGGAGGAACUCACUUCUGCAACAAAUUGCUGAAUAAUGUUCUUGCAAAGUGUGGAGUUAAGCACAAGGUUUCCACUGCCUAUCACCCCCAAACGAGUGGUCAAGUGGUAGUUUCAAACAGAGAGGUAAAGCAGAUUCUAGAGAAAACGGUAAGUGGAAAUAGAAAGGACUGGGCCGUGAAGCUAGACGACGCAUUAUGCGCAUAUCAAACUGCAUACAAGACCCCCAUAGGUACUUCUCUGUAUAUAUUAGUUUAUGGGAAGGCGUGCCAUUUGCCCGUCGAGCUUGAAAAAGCCUAUUGGGCAAUUAAAAAGCUGAAUAUGGAUAUGGACUUAGCUGGUGAGAAGAGGUUGCUGCAACUCAACGAGCUUGAUGAGUUUCGGUCCUUUUGUUGUGGUAAGUGUGAGCCUCAUGGAGCUGUGCAAUUGCGUGAUACGAGCUCAAGUGGUACCUUCUUGGUUGCUAUGGCUCGUGACAGUGCCGCUAAAGGAAAAGGGUGGGGAAGUCCUCCACUACUCCUCCCCCUCCAAAGAAACGCAAGAAAUGCAAGAGCUCUUCCCGACAAGCCAAGGGAAAGCAAGUGGCUAGCGGGUCUACGAAGCAAUCACGGCCUCGGUUGGAAUUUUUAG